UAUUCUUUUGUUUCAGCUCUCGCUUUACAACUACAACCUGUGCACCACAAGCUAAUCGAAAGUGUUAUAAACCAUGAGAAAUUCUACAAAUGUGACAGAGACGGUGUUAAAAUUAUCGGUGAAAUGGCAAGUGAUACGCAAGAGCGCCGGUAGAUGGCAGCACGGGGGAGUGUCGCGCUGAAACAAGAUGGCGGGCGGCGUGCGCGCAACGUGUGGGGGCCCUCUCGCACGUCUUCUAAUACUUGCUGUUCUUCAUGUCAAUUUUGUUGCCCUGGGUCUGGAGCCGGACUUCCUGUUUCCGCUGGAGAACGUGACCAUCGCCCAGGGCAGAGACGCCAUGUUCACGUGUGUGGUCAAUAACCUCGGUGGUUAUAGGGUGAGUGGCGACUCCGCCACAGCCAGGGUGGCCUGGAUCAAGGCUGACACGAAGGCGAUCCUUGCUAUUCACGAACACGUGAUCACGAACAACGCUCGGCUCAGCGUGACGCACAACGACUAUAACACGUGGACCCUCAACAUUAGAGGGGUUAAGAGGGAGGAUAGAGGACAGUACAUGUGCCAAGUUAACACUGACCCUAUGAAGAUGCAGACGGCGUUCCUGGAAGUGGUGAUACCCCCAGACAUCGUCUACGAGGAGACGUCAGGAGACAUGAUGGUGCCGGAGGGGGGGUCGGCCAAGCUGGUCUGCAAGGCGCGGGGGUUCCCGCCGCCCAAGAUACUGUGGAGACGCGAGGACGGCGGCGAUAUCAUAUCACGGGGCGGCCCGCAGGGGAAGACGAAAGUGUUAUCCCUGGAGGGCGAGGUGGUGAACCUGACGAAGGUGACUCGCUCGGAGAUGGGCGCGUACCUGUGCAUCGCGGCCAACGGCGUGCCGCCCUCCGUGAGCAAGCGGAUCAUGCUGCACGUGCAUUUCCACCCGCUGGUGCAGGUGCCCAACCAGCUGGUGGGCGCGCCCACCGGCACUGACGUCACGCUGCAGUGCCACGUCGAGGCCUCGCCCAAGGCCAUCAACUACUGGACCAGGGAGAAUGGCGAGAUGAUAAUCUCCAACGACAAGUACCAGAUGGGCGAGAUCAACUCGUCGGCCUACAGCGUGCAGAUGCGCCUGCUGGUCCGGAGCAUCCAGAGCAACGACCUCGGCGGGUACAAGUGCAUCUCGAAGAACUCUAUUGGAGAUGCUGAGGGGAAUAUACGGCUUUACGAAGUGGAGCUCCCGAACCGGAAGCCGAAGAUCGAGGACGAGCGCAGUUCCAUCCUCAACGAGAUCAACGACGUGCGCUCCAGCCUGCAGGGGCCUCUACGCGAGGGCGGCCCGAGGACGGCCGAGGACGCAGGCUUCCUCGGGGGAGCCGCCCCCCACCCCGCCCCCCGCUUCACCCCACCCUCCAUGUUUUUAAUAAUAGCCUUACUCCACGCGGCGUGCUAAACUUUCCCCAUAAAGCCAUGUGCAAACUUAAAGCCUUCUUUGACUCACAAACAAACGCAUGUAAGCUGCCGAAGUUUGAGGCUGAAAUUGUUUUGCGAUCGGUACCUUUUAGGAAGUUUUUUUUAGUGCCGACGCGACGUUGGCUGCUGGAUCGGCGAGUGAUGUGUAAACUUACGUGAUUGGUUGAAAUGGUUUUGGACAAAUGAUACGCAAUGAUUAUGACGUGUACACUGUGUAGUCUUAUUUCAUCCGACUGCGUAAAAAAUAGUUGUUUCUAUAAGUAUACCUACUUAAAUAUGGUUCUAAGUUUGUGCUUGGCAUAUUUUAAUAAAUUUGUACAGCAAAUGUAUUAAUUAAGGAGGUACAUAGGUGUUACGUCCGUGCAAUUACUGUAUGUGUUGAUAUGACAAGUGUUUCAGAAAUACGUACAUUGUUUUUACUGUAGUUUGUAAAGGAUUAAAAUAAGUGACUAUAACGAUGAAUGUAUUUAUGUAUGAGUAACCAUCGCCAUAAUAUUAAACCGUUUAAUUCUGAAAAGAAACAUAACUUGUAUAAAUCAUAAAACAAUUAAAACACUGUCGCCAUUUCAAUUAAAUUACAGUUAGGACAUUAUAAAGGUUUUGAUUUUGUCUUUCGUUAAUUCAUCAUUCAAUACACUGUAUUGGAAUGUAUCUAUCUACCAUUAAAUUACACCCUGUAUAAUUAUGACAGUUAGAUUUUUACUGAUAUACGGCGCGGCUUUUAACUUUAACCCUUAAACGGCCAUGGCUAAUCAAAUUAUUAAAUUGUGUAUAUGUUGUGUUAAGUAAAUAAAUAACUUUUCUAUCUAUCUAUUUAAAUUGGUUUCGACCCUUAACUGUAGGGGUUAAAGUUAAAAAAACAAGGUGGGAUCCAUAUUUAUAUAUUUAUUUAUUUGAUACUUUAUUGCACAAAUAUGAAAUAUAAGUGUACAAAAGGUGAACUUAAUGCUAAAAGCAUUUUCUACCAGCCAACCUACUUAUGUAGCCUACAUGUAUAGGUACUAUGGCCGAUUAAGGAUUAAAUUCACAGUGUAUAAGCUUGCGUAUCCGUAACUGUUCAUGAAUCCUAAAGUAUAUAAGUACUGCUAGUUUCUCCGACAGUCAAAUACAAUAAAAAAGGAAUAUUGUAUCAUAAAUAAUAAUAUAUAAUGUAAUGUUUUUAUUUCAUAACUCCUGGCUUCUCAUUGACUAAACGGAGGGAAAGUGUUUGUAAAUUGAUAUAUUAUUGCAAAAUUCAUAUAGGAAUAUUUUGUAAUUGUUAACGUUAAUAUUGUUGAAUUUUAUGACAUUAUUUAUAAUAAAUUAAGAUGUAAAUUGUCAUUAAUUAAGCUGUAGUUAUGUUUAUGGAAAUAUUUAAAUGUCUUUCAACUUAGACUGAAAUCGACCUUUGAUUUUACUUCAUCCGCGUAAUCUUUGAUAAAACAUUGUAUCUGUAAUAAACUGGUAAUCUUUACAUACGGCCUGUAAGUGUAUAAACGCCUAAACAAAUAAACGAUAUUGUAUGAACACCCGAGUCCUUCUCUCUCCCCAAUCUUGAUAU